AAGAAGAAGCCGAAACCGGAAGUGGCAUUUAGUUUCCGGGUCAAGCUGCUGUUCGUGCCAGAAUUUCUAAUUUAGUAAAUUAAAGCAUUUUGGAGAUAAAUCAUGUAUGAACAGGAUGAAGAUAACCAAUAUGAUGAAGAUGAUGAUGAAAUCACUCCGGAUCUGUGGCAGGAAGCUUGUUGGAUCGUCAUCAGCUCGUAUUUUGAUGAGAAGGGUCUGGUUCGGCAGCAGCUGGAUUCCUUUGAUGAAUUCAUCCAGAUGUCCGUACAGAGGAUCGUGGAGGACGCUCCGCCCAUCGACCUGCAAGCAGAGGCACAACACACAUCGGGGGAGGUGGAGGAACCGCCUCGCUACCUGCUGAAGUUUGAGCAGAUCUACCUGUCCAAGCCGACCCACUGGGAGAGAGACGGCGCUCCAUCUCCCAUGAUGCCCAACGAAGCUCGACUGCGCAACCUGACGUACUCAGCCCCCCUGUAUGUUGACAUCACGAAGACCAUCAUAAAGGAAGGUGAGGACCAGCUGCAGACCCAACACCAGAAGACCUUCAUUGGUAAAAUUCCCAUCAUGCUUCGCUCCACCUACUGCCUGCUGAGCGGGCUGACAGACCGCGACCUGUGUGAGCUGAACGAGUGUCCGCUGGAUCCUGGAGGUUAUUUCAUCAUCAACGGCUCAGAGAAGGUGCUGAUCGCUCAGGAGAAGAUGGCCACCAACACCGUGUACGUCUUCGCCAAGAAGGACUCGAAGUACGCGUACACCGCCGAGUGCCGGUCCUGUUUGGAGAACUCGUCUCGACCCACAAGCACCAUCUGGGUCAGCAUGAUGGCCAGAGGAGGACAGGGAGUGAAGAAGAGCGCGAUUGGCCAGAGGAUUGUCUCCACGCUGCCCUACAUCCGACAGGAAGUUCCCAUCAUCAUCGUGUUCCGAGCGCUGGGCUUCGUGUCGGACCGAGACAUCCUGGAACACAUCAUCUACGACUUUGAUGACCCCGAGAUGAUGGAGAUGGUGAAGCCAUCUCUGGACGAAGCGUUUGUGAUCCAGGAGCAGAAUGUUGCGCUGAACUUCAUCGGGUCCAGAGGAGCCAAACCCGGAGUCACAAAAGAGCGAAGGAUCAAAUACGCCAAAGAAGUUCUGCAGAAAGAGAUGCUGCCGCACGUCGGAGUCAGCGACUUCUGUGAGACCAAGAAGGCUUAUUUCUUAGGGUACAUGGUCCACAGGUUGCUGCUCGCUGCUCUUGGGAGACGAGAGCUUGACGACAGAGAUCACUAUGGAAACAAGAGGCUGGACCUUGCAGGGCCACUACUGGCCUUCCUAUUCAGAGGGAUGUUCAAGAAUCUCUUGAAGGAAAUCCGAAUUUACGCCCAAAAGUUCAUAGACAGAGGAAAAGAUUUCAACCUGGAGCUCGCCAUCAAAACUCGAAUCAUCUCCGACGGGCUGAAGUACUCGCUGGCCACCGGAAACUGGGGUGACGUGAAGAAGGCUCACCAGGCUCGGGCAGGAGUGUCUCAGGUGUUGAACCGUCUGACCUUCGCGUCCACGCUGUCCCACCUCCGGCGAGUCAACUCUCCCAUCGGCAGAGAUGGAAAACUGGCCAAACCCCGACAGCUGCACAACACGCUGUGGGGAAUGGUGUGUCCAGCUGAGACGCCCGAGGGUCACGCUGUGGGUCUGGUGAAGAACUUGGCCCUGAUGGCCUACAUCUCCGUGGGCUCGCAGCCAUCACCCAUUCUGGAGUUUUUGGAAGAGUGGAGCAUGGAGAACCUGGAAGAGAUCUCUCCUGCCGCCAUAGCCGAUGCAACAAAAAUCUUUGUCAACGGCUGCUGGGUUGGAAUCCACAAAGAUCCUGAACAGCUGAUGAAUACUCUGAGGAAACUCCGGAGACAGAUGGACAUCAUCGUGUCCGAGGUGUCAAUGAUCCGAGACAUCCAAGAACGUGAGAUCAGGAUUUACACGGAUGCUGGACGGAUCUGCAGACCGCUGCUGAUCGUAGAGAAACAGAAGCUGCUGCUGAAGAGGCGGCACAUUGACCAGCUGAAGGAGAGAGAGUACAACAACUACAGCUGGCAGGACCUGGUUGCGAGCGGCGUGGUGGAGUACAUCGACACCCUGGAGGAGGAGACGGUGAUGCUCGCCAUGACUCCUGAUGAUCUCCAGGAAAAAGGCGUGGCUUACUGCUCCACCUACACCCACUGUGAGAUCCACCCGUCCAUGAUCCUUGGAGUCUGUGCCUCCAUCAUCCCCUUCCCCGACCACAACCAGUCUCCCAGGAACACGUACCAGUCUGCUAUGGGAAAACAGGCGAUGGGCGUCUACAUCACCAACUUCCAUGUUCGGAUGGACACGCUGGCUCACGUGUUGUACUACCCUCAGAAACCACUGGUCACCACCAGGUCUAUGGAGUACCUGCGCUUCAGAGAGCUUCCUGCAGGGAUCAAUUCCAUCGUGGCGAUCGCCUCCUACACAGGCUACAACCAGGAGGACUCUGUGAUCAUGAACAGAUCUGCUGUGGACCGAGGCUUCUUCAGAUCCGUUUUCUAUCGAUCCUACAAAGAGCAGGAGUCUAAGAAAGGUUUUGAUCAGGAGGAGAUCUUUGAGAAGCCGACACGGGAGACGUGUCAAGGUAUGAGACACGCCAUCUACGACAAGCUGGACGAUGACGGACUCAUUGCUCCUGGGGUCAGAGUGUCCGGGGAGGACGUGAUCAUCGGGAAGACGGUGACGCUGCCCGAGAACGACGACGAGCUGGACAGCACCAACCGUCGCUACACCAAAAGAGACUGCAGUACCUUCCUCAGAACCAGCGAGACCGGCAUUGUGGACCAGGUUAUGGUGACUCUUAACCAGGAAGGCUACAAGUUCUGCAAGAUCAGGGUCCGUUCGGUCCGGAUUCCUCAGAUCGGAGACAAAUUUGCCAGCCGACAUGGACAGAAGGGAACCUGUGGUAUCCAGUACAGACAAGAGGACAUGCCUUUCACCUGUGAGGGAAUCACACCUGACAUCAUCAUCAACCCUCACGCCAUCCCGUCCAGAAUGACAGUCGGCCAUCUCAUCGAGUGUCUGCAGGGAAAGGUUUCUGCCAACAAAGGUGAGAUCGGUGACGCUACGCCGUUCAACGACGCCGUCAAUGUGCAGAAAGUCUCGAACCUGCUGUCAGAGUACGGAUACCACCUGAGAGGAAAUGAGGUUCUGUACAACGGUUUCACUGGGAGGAAGCUAACGUCUCAGAUCUUCAUUGGCCCGACUUAUUAUCAACGAUUGAAGCACAUGGUGGACGAUAAGAUCCACUCACGGGCCCGGGGCCCCGUCCAGAUCCUCAACAGACAGCCAAUGGAGGGCCGAUCACGUGAUGGCGGUCUGCGUUUCGGCGAGAUGGAGCGUGACUGUCAGAUUGCUCACGGAGCUGCUCAGUUCCUCAGAGAACGUCUGUUUGAGGCUUCUGACCCGUAUCAGGUUCACGUCUGCAACCUCUGCGGCCUGAUGGCCAUCGCCAACACACGAACGCACACGUAUGAGUGUCGCGGCUGCCGCAACAAGACGCAGAUCUCUCUGGUCCGGAUGCCGUACGCCUGCAAGCUUCUUUUCCAGGAGCUGAUGUCGAUGAGUAUCGCUCCUCGUAUGAUGACCUCGUAGCCAAUCACAUGCAAGUGUGAGACUUCAACAGGAAGUGAGGUUGAAAGUUUUUUUAGUUUUCUGUAUUCUUGUUUUUGUCAAGGUUAAUAAAUCAGUUUUCUUGG